CCGAAUGAAUUAUCUUCUUCUUCCUUAUGUUAACCUAAUUGUAUCGUCACGAAGCUUUCCCCUUCGCCUCACAGAGCUCGAAAUCGGUAGCCAUUGUCAACCAGGAUGAGGAAGCUUAAAGCUCAUGAAAAGAAGCUUCUGAAGAAGGUGAACUUCCUUGAAUGGAAGAGAGAAGGAGGUCACAGAGAAGCUGAUGUCAUGCGUCGUUACCAUGUCACUGGCAGAGACGACUACAAAAAGUACUCGGGUUUGUGCAGAACAGUGCAGAAGCUUGUGAAUAUACUGAAGCAGAUGGACCCAAGAGAUCCAUAUAGAAUAGAGAUGACCGAUUCUCUUCUAGAGAAGCUGUAUAACAUGGGCGUAAUAACUACAAGGAAAAGCUUAUCCGUGUGUGAGAACUUAUCUGUGUCAUCCUUCUGCAGGCGUAGGUUGUCCACUAUAUUGGUGAGGCUGAAGUUUGCUGAACACAUGAAGGAAGCAGUGACAUAUAUAGAACAGGGUCAUAUUCGAGUUGGACCCGAUACAGUUGUUGACCCAGCAUUUCUCGUGACCAGAAAUAUGGAGGACUUCAUCACUUGGGUAGAUACAUCUAAGAUUAGGAGAAAGGUCUUGGAGUACAACGAUAAGCUAGAUGAUUAUGAUGCAAUGAAUUGAUGACUGGUGACGGAUUUGUGAGCAUUUGAGAAUUGAAUGAGAGAAAUGGAACACAUUCUUCUUGGCCAUUGUUGGAGUUCCCUGGCAGGUUUACCUCCUGCUAGGUUGCCUUGUACCACCACCCCUCUACAUUUUUGAUCCUGUAGACCGUUGAAAGAUGUACACAUUAUAUUCAACAGUUAAGUUUGAUAGAAAAUCUUUGAAAUUUCUAGCGAAUGUUAGUAACUUAAUUCACUGUCCAUUUGUAGUAGACAUCUUGAUUUUGUUGAUCACACAUAUCGGUUCUUUGGAGUUAAAUUUAUUGUAGACUCCUUAUCGAAGAUGAUUUUCUAA